AUGCCCUUCCCGUAUCAGGAGAGUUCAAAUGAAAAACAAGGCGACUUUGAUGAUACAGAAUACGAAUCAAAAUCGCAUGAAGAACAAGAUUCAUAUGAAAUAUCAGCAGAAUUCAGCGACAAAAAGAAUUUGGAAAAUUCAGACUCACAAAUAUUUGACAAGGAAUUGAAGCAAUUAGAAUUAGAAGAUUUUAAGCAUGACCUUGUAGUGGAAGAAGAAAUAGACAGACCAGUAACCCCAAAAAUAAAAUUUGAGAAAAAAGACGAUGAAACAAUUACCAUGAAGAUUGAAUGGGGUCCUCUAAUUAGACAAGAAAGGACUGGUGGCCUUAUAAUAAAACUAGAAAACGGACGUGUAUCUGUGUGUGGAUCAACAUUAUUGACAAACUACCAUGUAGUGACAGCGGCCCAUUGCGGUAUGGACAACAAUCACAUUGCCACAAACGUUACUAUAGUUUUCGCCUCAACAAAGAUUUUUAAAGGUGGCACUCGACGUAAUGUUACCAGUAUACUGCUCCACCCAAACUAUCAGGUAAAAUUCAUUCAGAACGACGUCGCUCUUAUGUCCAUGAAGUAUACUCAAUACGAUGGAAAGUGGAUAAACCGCAUAGUCCUUCCAGCCGGUACACUGAUGAAAGAAAAGUUUGUCGGCGUCAAAUUGCGGGCAGCAGGAUAUGGAAGAACAAGUGACUCAGAAUCAGAAAAAGGGAAGCAAACUUUAAGAACUGUAGACAUAAAGAUAUUAAACACCUCCGACUGUUUGAAAGUUUAUGGGAAAAAAGUCGUCACUAAUAAGACGUUGUGUGGCGACGGCACCUUCGGAGGGACGUGUUUUGGGGAUUCUGGAGGACCUUUGGUAUUAAUUCGCCCCGGUGGCAAGCAUGUUCUGGUUGGCAUUACGUCAUUCGGAUCAGGGAAAGGAUGCGAGAAAAAAAUACCUUUAGGAUAUUCGAGAGUGUCGUAUUUCAAACCUUGGAUAAUGAAAGAAAUUAAAACGCAUACAAGCUUGAUAUUUCCACGCAAGCAACAAGAAACGUUUGCGGAGGAUAGCAACACUGGCCAAUCACAGAGCAGCAGCGUCCACGUGCCCAAUACAACCAAAAUAAAGGCAAGGCGCCACGCAAGCGCGCAAAUCUCCGCGCAACUCAAAGCGGAAUUCUCGUGA